AUGGGUUUAAAGGCGUGUGGUGACCUUUUGGUUUAUGAAUUGGGUAGGAAGGUUCAUGCUUUGGUGUUGGUUGAUGGGUUGGAGUCAGAUAUCUAUGUGGGCAAUUCUCUCCUUUCAAUGUAUUCUAUGUUUGGUGAUAUGGAAACUGCCAGGAUGCUGUUUGAUAAAAUGCCUGUGAGGGAUUUAACUUCUUGGAACAUUGUGAUAUCGGGGCAUGUGAAGAAUGGUGAGGCAGUUGAUGCUUUUGAAGUUUUUGAUAGCAUGAGAAGAGUUGGUGUUGUUGGAGAUGGGACCACCUUGCUUGCCCUCCUUUGUGCUUGUGGUGAUAUUAUGGAUUUAAAACUGGGGAAAGCAGUACAUGGUUAUGUUGUUCGGAAUAGUGGUAAACUAUGUAAUGAGUUUCUGACGAAUUCCCUAAUUGACAUGUACUGCAAUUGUGGUUCCAUAUCUGGUGCAAGGAAAUUAUUUGAAGAGUUAAAAGUGAGGGAUACUGUAUCAUGGAAUUCUUUUAAAGUUAUGAAACUUUUCAGUCAAAUGUUUAUAGGAGGUGGAAUUCCUAAUGAAGUAAAUGUUAUUGCUGUUUUUGCAGGUUUAUGGGUACCGAUUUUGCACAUAAAUUGGGUUACCUACCAAAUCCUUUCCGUUCACUGUGAAUUGCCAGAUGUUGUUAUUGUUAAAUAA